GGUAGAGAGACACAGAGAGAGAGCAAGAGAGAGAGCGCGCGCUCCUCGUGCGUUCGGAGUGCUGGUUUCUGGGUUGGGUAGAAGAGCGCGGACCAAGCGUUGCGGGCACGCGGAAUAUUGCCCCAAAUUAUCCACGAACUCAAACAACAGCAGACCCUCAAGAGAGGCUUCAGCAAAAACACCCCGUUUAAACAGAGUUUUCUUUGAAGCACGCAAAAAUCCGAAGCAGCCAUGCCAUUUGGCUGUUUGACGUUGGGAGAGAAGAAGGAUUAUAACAGUGCUUCAGAGGUCACUGAUAAAUAUGACCUGGGACAGGUAGUAAAAUCGGAGGAGUUUUGUGAAAUAUUCAGAGCGAAGGACAAAAACACGCUGAAAAUGUACACCUGUAAAAAGUUCCUGAAAAAGGAUGGGAGAAAAGUCCGGAAAGCUGCCAAAAAUGAGAUCCUCAUCUUGAAAAUGGUGAAGCAUCAUAACAUCCUCCAGCUGGUCGAUGUGUUUGAGACGAGAAAAGAGUACUUCCUCUUUCUGGAACUGGCCACUGGCAGGGAAGUGUUUGACUGGAUUUUAGACCAGGGCUACUACUCAGAACGCGACACCAGCAAUGUGAUGCGGCAGGUGCUGGAGGCUGUGGCUUAUCUCCACUCUCUUCACAUCGUUCACAGAAACCUAAAGCUUGAAAAUCUUGUCUAUUACAACCGCCUGAAGAACUCAAAAAUUGUUAUCAGCGACUUUCACCUGGCCAAACUGGAAAACGGUCUCAUUAAAGAACCAUGUGGCACACCAGAAUACCUUGCUCCAGAGGUGGUUGGCAGACAGAGAUAUGGUCGACCAGUGGACUGCUGGGCCAUCGGGGUGAUCAUGUACAUCCUAUUGUCAGGAAAUCCACCAUUUUAUGAUGAGACAGAUGAUGACGACUAUGACAAUCAUGAUAAAAAUCUAUUCCGGAAAAUUCUGUCUGGGGAUUACGAGUUUGACUCACCCUAUUGGGACGACAUCUCAGAUUCAGCAAAAAAUCUUGUUGCAUGUUUGAUGGAGGUGGAUCAAGACCAAAGACUGACUGCACAGGAAGCCAUCAACCACGAAUGGAUAUCUGGAAACGCUGCCUCAGACAAGAAUAUCAAAGAUGGCGUGUGUGCUCAGAUUGAGAAAAACUUUGCUAAAGCUAAAUGGAAGAAAGCUGUUCGUGUGACCACCAUGAUGAAAAGGCUCAGAGCUCCUGAUCAGAGCGAUUCUGGGGCCUCUAGUCCAGCACUAGGAGCGUCAGGAGGUCCUGUCAACCCCAGCACCACCCCUGUACCCCUGGCUGCCACACCAGUACUUCCUGGUAGUACACCAGUCAGCCAGGAUCACCCAGAAACCCACGGAGAGGAUGUUUCGGCUCCCGUACCGUGCAAUGGAGAGAUAUUAACAUCCCAGCAGCCUGGUGGGGAGAGCAGGGAGUAAUAGAAUGCCGAUACUAAGAAAUAUAGUGACACACAGACAAGCAUAUAUAUAUAAAUUCAUGUUAAAAACUAAAGGUGGAGCAAAGUUCACUUGUGCUUAGAAGCGUAAUCACCAUUAUACAUUUUCAUUUGUGAUGAAAUGCUUUAAUCUAGGAAACUUUAAAGAGUAAAGUCCCAGCCCAGUAACAGCAAUUUAAUAAUUUUUCAAAAUUGAAUAUUGUUAAAAGUUGAUUCAAAUCAUUCCUUCUCAAACCUUUGAUGUCAUCUUUUAAAGGGUGUUAUACAUAACAUGUCCCUGUUACUGGAUACAAUUUAUUAGACUUUAUCUUCAGCAGUUAUUAUAAAAUUCUGUUUCCAGCAUUUCUUUUGCAUUUAAAACAUUAUUCGUUACAGACCGGAAACUUGCCAGUGAGAAAAGAAAAUUUAAGCAGCUGAAUAUAUAUGUUGUACUUUUAUCUAAGUAUAUGCUUAAACUUUGCUUAUAAAAUAUUAUGAUGAGCUAACAUAAAAAAUAGAUAUAAUAUAAAAUAUUGUAUUAUUUAUUAUAUAUGGUAUCAAUGGCAACAGCAUAAACAAACGUUAUGUGGCCCAAACUUAACUUCCGGUAGACAUCCGCAAAGUAUCAAUUACCGUUGAGUAGUUUUGAUUAAAUUCAAUACAAUUGAUAUACAAUUAGAUAUUAAUAUUAAUUAAAUAUAAAACAAAUUGUUAUAUUAUAUCCAAAUAUAGACCGGAAGAUAAGGCACAUGUGUCUGAUGAAACGUCUAUAUUAAAAUAUUUAGUAAAAUCAUUUUUUGGUCAAUCUUAUAAUUACUAUAAGUAGCUGAUGAUUUUUAUAUUAAUAUAUUGUAAUACUGCCACUUCAUUCAAAUCCAUUUGUUAUUAUCAAUAUUAGCACGUAACCAUUAUCUUAUUUGCUGUUUUUCUACACUGUUGAAUCAACCUUUGCUCUCCUUUAUUAUUAUCUAACAAGAAUUAUGUAGCUGUUUUUAUUGAGUUUGCCCUUGUGUCUGUAUUCUGCACACUGUAUUUUUUACAGAAUAUAACUGGUUUCGUUUGGUCUGAUACGUUGAAGCCUAAAAGUUUCCAGAAGAUUCUAUUAAUUGCAGUACAAACUGGAAGCAAUAUGAAUAUUGCUGUAAUACUGUGAAACUGCCAUACAGGUGAUAAGAUGUUUCUGCCAUAUUCAUAUACAGGUAGCCAAGCAGUCUGCUCUUAAUGGUCGUUUGCAUUCUCAACAUGUUCUCAUAGCUGUACAUUGUGUAAAAUUAUUGUAUUCUGCCAAAACCCUGAAUUUGUUUAUCCUGUUCAUGUGCAGAAAGAUAUUUUAAGAUGUGUUUAGACUGUAAUUCUCAUUGUAGCUACAAGACAAGUGUUCAUAAUGGCCUAUUUAUUUGUUGUUUGUUUUAAUCUUUGUGAUUACAUUGAAUAUACUCAUCUUUGUAUAUAGCUGCACUGAGUUCUAAUGUUACCAUGUGUAUAACCCCAGUAUUGUAAAAGAAACUUUAAAGAAAUAAAUUUUUGUUUGACCCCUA